AUGAUGUUAAAUGGAAGUACACUCGUCUUGAUUCAAGUACUAACAUUAGUUCUUUCUGCUUACGCGACUGAAAAUGAUAGAAAUACAUGGUUGCCAUCUCUGCCUAUUGGUACGAUUUUUCUUUAUGGAGGCUUAUCUGUGCCAUCUGGUUGGAUUUUAUGCGACGGCACGGCUAUAUCGCGCCACAAUUACUCCGAUUUAUACCUUGUAAUCGGAGUAUUUUAUGGACCAGGUGAUCACACAACGACGUUUAACUUGCCUGACUUUCGAGCUAGAUUUCCAUUUGGUAUUAGUGAGGCUGAAAGUCGCACAGUAAGCGCACAUCAAGGAGGUGCCUUAGAAGUUACACUAACUGAACAGGAACUUCCUUCUCAUACUCACCAAAAAGGCAAUCUGUCAACUAGUAUAGCUGGUGGACACAUACACGAUUAUGAUGAUCCAGGUCAUGACCACGGUGGGCGCACCGGAGAUAGCGACUAUUCGAGAGGUUCCUACUCGAUGUUUGGUACCGGUGGUGGCGGCAAUGAUCGUGGAAUGCAUUCGCACCAAAUAAAUAGGGAUCAAGUACACAUUGCAAUUCGUAAUAAUGGAACCCAUGCUCAUGAAAUAGAAGGAAAUACGGCAAUGGCAGGAUCUGGAAAGCCUUUCAGUAUUGUGCCUUCUUACGAAAGUGUCUACUAUAUCAUAUACGCAGGACCACAAGCGGCCACCCUAAAGAUGUCGCACAGACCAAAGUAG